AAUUAAUUAAAAUCAAUUUUUUAUCUAAGUUGAAUGUGUGGAGUACAUAAGAUGGAAUUUUUUUUUAUUAAUUUUGUAUCAACCAUAAGUGGAAAUAUUUAAGUAUAUACAUACAAAUACAUCUUUUAAAUAGUUAGUUACCUAAUAUUUAUUCGUGUACGUGUUCUACCAUAAAGUGUAUCCAUAAACUUAGUCGUUCGUAUUCUAUCGUGACCAUUAACAGCCGUGCAACUACAGUGUGUUGUAGUCUUUUUUGUCGGCAGACCCUCCACUAUACGCCGGUACAUAUACACAAAAGUGAGUGAGUCGCAAGCAUGUGUGUAUACCUAUAUGCUGUUAUAUCAGAUGUACAAAAGACUUAAUGUGCACAAGUGACGUAGUCUGACUUGUUACUUUGUCAUAUAAUUUUAUAAACAUAAAUCCAAGUAAUAUAUUGUAUAUACAAAAUUGCAUCUUAGCUGUGUAUAUGAGUAUACGCGAAAUGUACGUGUGUGAACGUGUAAUUUUCCAUUUCAUCAUCAUUUAAAAAUUUCGUAUUUAUUUUUAUGCACAUGUGGAAAAGUUCGCGUUUCAGUUGAUUGGAAAUUCUAAAAUAGUCCAUCUCCGUUCAACAUACCAAAAAAAAAAAGAAAAGAAAUUCUAAAAUUUGGGCGAACAUAAUUAAAUAAAUCUCAUUGAAAAUUCUAAAACGUAGGAAACUUUGAGAUAACAGCAGCCAGUUGCCCGCAGCUGUUAACGACUAGUACAACAAGAUUAUAAGCAAUGGCGCAAAAUGUGGACACUUCCUUUAUACCUGAUCUUCCUAAAGGACCACUAUGUGCAUAUCGUAAACGCGCAAAUUUCGAUUGGAAACAUUUAAGACUUAUUUUUGAAAACGAGCAAUCAUUACGGAUUAAGUAUAAAGUUUGGAAAAUCUUGGAGCAUGACCCCUUAUUCUCUCAGCCCAUUUCUACUUUACCCACCGACGAACAAAAACGCAUUUGUGCUAUGCAGACCAAUCGUAUGAAACAAUUGGAUUUAGUUCCUAAAGAAAUUGAAGAGAAAUCAUUUUGCGAGAAAACCAAAUAUUUAAUGAGCAUUAACGAGGCAUUGCAUGUGUACUGCCCCAGCUUGUCGGUGAAAAUCGCUUUAGGCGUGGGUUUAUUUAAUAACGCCAUUCGUGCCAUGGGUACAGAACGUCAUAAGAAGUAUUAUGAAGCGGCUUGGCAUCGCGAAAUUGUCACCUGCUUAGCGAUAACCGAAGUAUCUCACGGCAGCAACACAAAAAGUAUACGCACCACGGCCACUUAUGAUCCCACUACCCAAGAAUUUGUUAUAAAUACACCCGAUUUUGAGGCCGCAAAGUGCUGGGUGGGAAAUUUAGGUAAAAGUGCCACUGUGGCAAUGACUUUCGCCAACCUUCACACUCCGGACGGCGUAAAUCAAGGUUUGCACGGUUUCCUAAUACCUAUACGAGAUCCGAAUACGUUACAACCUUACCCCGGAUUAUUAGUUGGUGACAUCGGUGAAAAAAUCGGGUUAAAUGGCAUCGACAAUGGUUUCGUUAUUUUUAAUAAUUAUCGCAUACCUCGCGAGAAUCUAUUAAAUCGCACUGGUGAUGUUACACCAGAGGGUAUUUAUGAAAGUGUCUUCAGUGAACCGGGUAAAGUUUUGGGUGCCGCUUUAGAAUCGUUCUCAGCAGGUCGUAUUGGUAUCAUGCAAGAAUCAGUUAAUACACUUUCUAGUGCUGUAGUAAUUGCAGUCCGUUACGCAGCUUUAAGAAAACAAUUCGGCCCGGAACGUAAUGGACCUGAAAUACCUAUAAUAGAAUAUCAGUUUCAUCAAUGGCGAAUAUUUCCCUAUCUAGCCGCUGCGUGCGUUUUAAAAAUUGCUGUUCAGGAAUUAACCAACGAAUAUUUAAAAAUCAUUGAGCGAUCGCAAGGCGACUCCAACGGCUUCGAACUGCUGACACAAAUUGUUUCCGAAAUACAUGCGAUUAUAUCAUCGUGUAAGCCGAUGAUAACGUGGACAGCACGUGAUGCCAUACAGGAAGCACGAGAAGCUUGUGGUGGCCAUGGUUAUCUUAAAGCCUCAAAAUUAGGUGAUUUGCGAAACGAUCAUGAUCCCAGUUGCACAUACGAGGGAGACAACAAUGUGCUGGGACAACAAGCGUCUAAUUGGUUGCUAAGACAAUGGACAAAUAAUGUAGAAAGUCCAGUGGGCACAGCUAAUUUCUUGGGAAAUCGUAAAAAGCUAUUACAACAAAAAUACGAAGAUAUUUUAGAGAAGGACCCGAUUGGAUCAAUGAAUUUUAUCAUACGUUGCUAUGAAUGGUUGAUGUGCUACUUGCUGGAAACCACUUCAAAUCGUAUAAGCCACGGUAUGCAAAAUGGUCUGAAUCGUUUCGAUGCUCGCAAUAAUGCUCAGGUUUAUGGAGCCGGAGAAGUGUCCUUAGUAUAUGCGGAAUAUUUUUGCAUGACCCGUUUUAUAGAACGUUUCAAGCAACCUGAUAUUACCCUAGAAUAUUCAACAAUUCUUAGAUUAAUAUUUGAAGUGUAUUCCAUGUGGUGCAUGGAUAAACAUAUGACUACAUACUACGUGGGUGGUUUUGCUAACAGUUCAAAAUUUGCCGAUUUAAUUAGAAUGCGUUUAUUAAGUAAGUGUGGCGAACUGAAGGAUAUUUCUGUGUCAGUAGCCGAUGCUUUAGCGCCGCCCGAUUUUGCGCUGAAUUCGGUGAUUGGCAAGUCUGAUGGUCUUUUAUAUGAAAAUCUUCAGAAUGUUUUUAUGACCAAUGAAGGUGCCUUUGAAAGACCCGCCUGGUGGCAAGACAUUGUUAUACCGAAAUUUAAAUCUAAAUUAUAAUUCGCCGUGUGAAAGAUCUGUUCGAAUGAUUCAUAUUUUUUGUAAGUUCUUUUCUAUUGCGUCAUAGUUUAAUAAUUCGUAGUAGAGGAAAAGUUACAACCAAAACAAUAGCAUAGUAAUGCAAAAAAUUAUAAUAACAAUAACGAAUACAAUCUCAAACGGCUUUUCGUAUUUACAUUUGUGUAUAUGUGUAUAUAUGUAUAGAAACAUAAGAAUACUUUUUUUUUUUAUUAUACAUAUAUUUAUGUUUGUAGCAUCUUUUUGUAUAUAAUGUAUUUACAUGUACUUGUAUAUGCUUCUAUAUUAGACAUAUUGUUGUUGCCGUUAUUUCAGGGCAUUAAAAUCGUAUUUAUGAUGUUUUUAUUCAUGUUUAUAUUAUCCAAAAGUGUAUUCCUUUAUUUUACAUUUACUAUAUAACGUACAGAGAUAUUUCGCUGUUAAAUAUUUAAGAAGAUAUAUAUUUAUGCAUAUGUACGUAUACGUAUAUAAGAUU